AUGAACCUAUCUUACAGGCAAAUUUUGAUGUUCUGGGCUAUUACCAUAGCCAAUGCAAAAAAUUAUUUGUGCUAUGAGUUUAAAGCAAGAAAUGCGUUGAUUUUGGAUGGUGGUUACAGAUACCACCUUUGCAACAUCCCUACUGCAGCAUCAUACUUGGGCCAAAUAAUGUCUCCUAACAUUUUUUUCGGUUUAUCCCAAGGAGGUACAAUAGAAAUUGACGUAUGCGUUGAUUUUUACAAGACUUUUAACAAUAGGGCGGCCUCAAGAUUUGUUGAUUACAAGGGAUCUCUGCCACAAUCGAAACCCACUAUUUUUUCUUAUGAAUACGACAACUUGAAUCAAAUUAUGAGCAAGAAGGAGUUGAAUCGACCUAUUAUUCACCCUUCCUUAAUAAAUCACCCCAGUUCGAUUCAAAUUGAUUUAUCUAGUAAAUGGUUGCCAUCAUUCAAUUCAGAAGAUAAUAUUUAUUCGGGUGAGAAAAUUGGUGAUGGCAAACCAAUUCCAAACACUUACUUGAUUGUAAUGGACUUCUUCCAAUGGACAAAUUACAUCGAAUCGAACCCUGAAGAUUUGAUCCAACCUGCUAAUAACGAAUUAGGAUUUGUAUUUCACCCGCACUUGACUUGUAUAUUAAAGGUACCUAUAUUACAUACCAAUGAGAGGAUUAAGAAGGCAAUACACGUGGACAAGUUGGAUAGAUAUGUUGUUUUCAUUUAUAACCCUGAUAAACAUUUAUUGAGCCUAUCAGGCAAAGUAUGUUACUCAAAUGAUGGUGAAACUGAUAUAGCUAAGGUUAGGCAAUCCAGCGAUUUAUAUUACGUGGAUAAUGUGAUACUGCUUUUUGCAAUCCUUAAUUUACUAGUGGCCAUAGGAUACGGCUUUCUAUUGUUUAAAUAUACUCCUGCAUCUAAACUGGUCCACUACUUAAUAACAGCAAAUUUUCUACUUUGUUCUGUGUAUAUGUUCAUGGAUUAUAUAAACUUCAACACUAUCAAGACCUCAAACUAUAAUUCCAUGGGCUUAUAUUAUGCUUCCAACAUUUUGAUGAAAAUACAGGAGGUGUUUAAUCUGUUUAUCCUAGUUGUAUUGGCUUUGGGUUGGCAAAUUAUACGGCAAACUCUCACUCACGUAGAACACCAAUUGAUCAUAUUCGUUUGUAUAGCUAGCUUGUACUUGGGAGUAUUGGAAGUUAUCUUAUACAGUGCAGCUCUAAGUCGAUUUGUAUUGCACGCUGUAGUGUUUGUUAUAAUUUUGAUGGCAAUAAACUUCAACUGGGCCAUUAUCAACUCUCGGAUUGGGGAUGAAUUGGUAGGCAUGGAGGCGGCAAAGUUGUAUCACCAACUAAAAUCGUAUCGUAGGUAUCGGAAAGUGUUUGCGGUGUUUCUUAUGAAGCCUGCCUUAAUUACAACCUUUAAGCACAUUGCUUUGAGACCUGUAUUUUCCCAAAUGUUCAUAUGGGACCAACACUUAUAUCUACUCAUCAAUUUGAGUUGUAAUUUGACACUUGAUAUUUUUAUCGCCAAACUAUUCCAUCCUGUUACACCGAAGGGGCUAUUGACUCAGAUACCUAACUGA